ACAAGGGAGCAUCAAAACAGACCCUUCAUCUUAUCUACAGCUCAGUCGGUAAGAUGGCACACGCAUCGCUCAUCGCUGUCUUUCUGAUUAUCUGUCCCACCUGCGCCGAGGCCAUCAGCGACAUGAACGUGUGUUUCAUCCUGGAUGGGAUUCUCAUCCUUUAUGGUGUCAUUCUCACCGUCCUAUACUGCAGACUGAGGAUGGGCCCAGCCAAGAAAACGCCUGUCAACCCCGCUGAGAAGCAGCCCGCUGAGGGAGGCAUCUAUGCGGGUCUGACCUCUCAAAGCACCGAUACCUACGAGACCAUCAAAAUGGAUAAAAAGCCUAUUGUCUGAUGGAGGAAGAGGGCCAGGUGCAGAGAGGACGCUGAGCACACAAACGCAGUGUCAAAUCUCUCCAAGCUUUAUACUGUAUAUUAAGUUGCGUGGGUUUCUAUACAUGACUUUUCUCCCUUUUCCUUUUGUAAAAAAUUAAAAUACUACUCCCAUUUCUAAACUUUGCAUGUGUAAAAUGAUAAAACUAAAUUAAUAUAACAAUUCACUAAUAAAGGCUGUGUCCGAGUGUUUUUAUGCGCAGUCGCUCUGAGUUUCACAGCUGGUUUUACCCGAGUUGCUAAGAAAACAGAAGUUGAAGUGGAUCGUUUCUGUUCAUGUGUUCCCUUUUUCUUUGGAUGAACUAAGAACUAUUUUUACUUUGCUGUGUUAAAGACAAAAAAAACAUGAAAUGUGUUACAGCUCAUUAGUAGGGGUGCAACUGAUUCUUUUUUAAUAACAAUUCAUCUGAUUAUUAUUACUUUUUCAAUGUUUUGCUGUAUAAAAUGUCAGCGAAUUAUGAAAUAUGCUCUUAAAAAUCUCCUAAAGCCUUAA